AUGUCUUACGGCUUCACUGCAUCAAAGGCAGACCCCUCACUUUUCAUCAUGCACACAUACUCAUUCUGCAUGUUUAUCCUAGUCUAUAUUGAUGAUAUGAUAAUUACUGCAUCCUCCUCGGUGGUUGUUGACAAGCUUAUUGCCUCUCUUAGUCAGGCAUUUCCUGUUAAGGAUCUGGGCAGACUGUCCUAUUUUUUGGGGUUGGAACUUGAGUAUCUCUCGGAUGGAAUUCUUAUUUGUCAAAGAAAAUACAUUUCUGAUCUGUUAAAAAAAACUGGUAUGAGUGAAGCUAAUUCUGUCUCCUCACCCAUGUCAGCAUCCAUAAAGCUUUCCAAAUUUGACUCUCCAUCCUUUGAUGAUAUUACUUUAUUUCGAAGUGUUGUUGGCAGCUUACAGUAUCUCUCUUUAACAAGACUUGAUAUCUCCUUUUCUGUAAAUAAAGCUUGCCAAUUUAUGCAUGCACCAAAACUCUCUCACUGGACAGCAGUCAAGCGAAUUCUUCGCUACUUAAAAUCCACUAUCAACCAUGGACUCUUUCUCUCCAAAAAAUCCUCUUUUGUCUUACAUGCCUAUUCUGAUGCUGAUUGGGCUGGUUGCCCAGAUGACAGAAAAUCUACUGGAGGUUAUUGUAUAUUUUUAGGCAAGCAUCCUAUUUCAUGGAGCUCAAAAAAACAACAUACUGUUGCCCGUUCCAGCACUGAGGCUGAAUACAAAUCACUGGCAAACACCACUGCAGAGCUUAUUUGGUUGCAAUCUCUCAUCAAAGAACUCGGUUUUCCUCUCCCUCAUCCACCUGUUCUGUGGUGUGAUAAUUUAGGAGCAACUUACUUGACUUCUAAUCCUGUGUAUCACUCUCGUACGAAGCACAUGGACAUUGAUUUUCACUUUGUACGAGACAGAGUAGCUGCCAAAACAUUGCAAGUGAAAUUCUGUAGUAGCAAAGACCAACUUGCUGAUGUGUUUACUAAACCAUUAGUAUCUGAUCGUUUCUCUGCUCUUCGAUCGAGCCUUCGUGUAUUUGAUACCACACUUGCCUUGAGGGGGCGUAUUAGCAUAAAUACAGAGGAUACAACUCAAUUAAAUGUGAAGCAUCAGAAGCCACCUCAGCAGCUCUACGAGCUUCCAGAAUCUUCAUGA